CUACAUUGAAAAGAAAGCUGCGGUUAGCUUCUGGUAGGGUUUAUUCCCAUCACUAGCGGUCCUUUAUCCUGGGAUAAAUGAUCCGUCGAAAGAUGAGCUCAUGAUGAACAUGACUGACAGCAGCACAUGCGGAAAUCUGUGCCUCAUCCUGACAAAACAGGGGCUGUGAUGAGUGCCAAUUCCUGACUGAACAUGUGGACUAUUAGGUAACAUAUAAUGGUGCACAGAGGAGAGACUACUUGAGACACUGCCCUCCCCAAGACAAACAGGAUUUGAACUUUGGGGUCAUGGACUCUCUUUCCAUAGCCAGAAGAGACAAUUCUUGAGUGUUAUUAGCGGAAGCCGCUAAUAAUAGCUGACAAGAAAGCCAAAUUGUUCUCUUGGUGGAGACUUGUUCUUACAAAUGAAGCCAGGACAGAGAGUCCUCGCCUCUGAUGAAUCAUGAUUCCCAUCACUGAGCUGCGCUACUUUGUGGAUACACAGCCUGCGUAUCGCAUUUUGAAGCCAUGGUGGGAUGUAUUCACAGACUAUUUGUCUGUUGUGAUGCUGAUGAUUGCAGUAUUUGGAGGGACUUUGCAAGUCACCCAGGACAAGAUGAUCUGCCUACCCUGCAAAUGGGUAGUAAACAAAACCUGUCAGAAGUAUUUUGAGCCAGCCUUCGAGCCGCAAGGAAUCCAAUAUGACCUUGACAGACACCAGUACAACUAUGUCGAUGCUGUGUGUUAUGAAAACAAGCUCCACUGGUUCGCUAAGUAUUUCCCAUAUUUGGUGCUGCUGCAUACACUCAUCUUUCUGGCUUGCAGCAACUUUUGGUUCAAGUUCCCUUGGACCAGCUCCAAGCUGGAACAUUUUGUCUCCAUUCUUUUGAAGUGUUUUGACUCACCAUGGACUACGCGGGCGCUGUCGGAGACAGUGGUUGAGGAGAGCGAUCCUAAAGCUCUAGGGAAGAUGAACGGUUCCAUCGAUAAAAAGGCAUCAUAUGUGAGUGAAGACGUAGAGGCGAGCGUUCCAAUGCUAUCUGCAACAAAAUCUCGUUUUGAGCAAGGAAUUGUCGAUCACUCUGAAACCGGCGUGCUGGAUAAAAAGGAGGGCGAGCAGGCUAAGGCCUUGUUUGAGAAGGUUAAGAAAUUUAGGCUCCACGUUGAAGAAGGAGAUAUAGUCUACAGGCUUUACAUCCGACAGACUAUUAUCAAAGUAGUCAAAUUCAUCCUCAUUAUCUGUUACACUGGUUACUAUGUCCACAACAUUCAAUUCAGUGUGGACUGUAGUGUGGACAUUGAGAAUCUUACUGGUUAUCAGAUGUAUAAUUGUGCCCAUCCACUUGCCACUCUUUUCAAGAUAUUAGCAUGCUUUUAUAUAAGCCUCGUUGUUGUGUAUGGGAUGAUCUGUGUGUACACCCUCAGCUGGAUGCUGCGGCGUUCCCUCAAAAAGUAUUCAUUUGAAUCGAUCAGAGAAGAGAGUAGCUAUAGUGACAUUCCAGAUGUGAAAAAUGAUUUUGCCUUCAUGUUGCACAUGAUUGACCAGUAUGAUCCCCUCUACUCUAAGCGCUUUGCAGUGUUCCUCUCAGAAGUUAGUGAGAAUAAACUUCGUCAGCUUAACCUCAACAACGAGUGGACGCUGGACAAACUCCGGCAGAGAAUCACUAAGAACUCUCAAGAUAAGCUAGAGCUGCAUCUUUUUAUGCUCAGUGGCAUUCCAGACACAGUCUUUGACCUGCUGGAGCUGGAGGUCCUCAAGCUGGAGCUUAUCCCUGAUAUCACCAUCCCUCCAAUUAUUGCCCAGCUCAUAAACCUGAGAGAAAUGUGGCUGUAUCACACGCCAGCUAAAAUAGAAGCGCCAGCUCUGGCAUUUCUGAGAGAAAACCUGAAAUCCUUGCACAUAAAAUUCACUGACAUCAAAGAGAUACCUCUUUGGAUCUACAGCUUGAAGAACCUGAGUGAGUUACACCUUACAGGGAACCUGAGCGCUGAGAACAAUCGUUACAUUGUGAUUGACGGCCUGCGAGAACUAAAGCGACUGAAGGUUCUUAGGCUAAAGAGCAACCUGACUAAGCUGCCUCAGGUAGUGACUGAUGUUGGAAUGCAUCUACAGAAGCUGUCGAUCAAUAACGAGGGCACCAAGCUGAUGGUUCUCAAUAGCUUGAAGAAAAUGGUCAACCUGACAGAGCUGGAGCUCAUUCGCUGUGAUCUGGAGCGCAUCCCCCAUUCCAUCUUCAGUCUCCACAACCUGCAGGAGAUUGACCUGAAAGACAACAACCUGAAGACCAUUGAGGAGAUCAUCAGCUUUCAGCAUCUUUAUCGACUCGUCUGCCUGAAACUUUGGUACAACCAGAUUGCCUACAUUCCCAUCCAGAUAGGCACUUUGACCAACCUGGAGCGCCUCUACUUGAAUCGAAACAAGAUUGAGAAAAUACCAAGUCAACUCUUUUUCUGCCGCAAGCUGAGAUAUCUUGAUUUAAGUCAUAACAAUCUAACCAACAUCCCAGCCGACAUCGGAAGUCUUCAGAAUCUUCAGUAUUUUGCCAUAACUGCCAACAGGAUUGAGAAACUUCCUCCUGAGUUGUUCCAGUGUAAAAAGCUGCGUACACUCAACCUGGGUAACAACUGCCUGCUGUCCCUGCCCUCUCGCUUCGGGGAGCUGACCAACCUGACCCAGCUGGAGCUGAGAGGGAACCGGCUGGAGGGCCUCCCUGUGGAGCUUGGGGAGUGUCGUCUCCUGAAGCGCAGCUGCCUCAUCGUCGAGGAGAGCAUUUUCAACACUCUUCCCUCAGAAGUUAAAGAACAGCUUUGGAGAACUGACAAAGAGGCAGCUUGAGACCACCAGGCACACUGAUGUGAAAGCACCUUCCCAGGUUAGAGAAAGCAGCAGCUGAGCUAUGCUGAGCAGCCCAGAUUAGUGACAUGAAUGAAAGAAUGCUGAGGACAUGUAGUUCUCCAGGACCCCAAGCAACAAUUAUUUAUAGUACACAGUAUGCUGACUGCUUAUGGGAUUAAAUAAAUCUGUUUGGAAGGCGCUAUGAUCCCUGUGCUGUGGGUCUCUGAGUUGAGAAGAGGUGUGACUCAUCUUUGCCUUAAUUACAGUAUCCUGUACAGUGGUGAAAAAAAUACUCUGAAUGAGUCGAGUGUGCAGAUUGACAGUUUUUGUGAGCUGAUGUGUCAUGAGCACUUUAUGGUUGCCUGAACUUCCACAUUUUAGUACUUAACACUUUAUUUCAAAACACUUUUACUCUGCUGAAUUAUUAAUGAAGAUCAACAGGGCUUUAUCUGAGCUAAGAAAACAAUGUUCUUUUGUGAUGUGCAUGAUUGUACAGUUGUACAAUUUGUAAACACUGUCAUUUUAGAGGAUUUGUACACUUUUCCUAGUAGGAAUUAUGAUGCUGAUUUGAGUUGUUGAUUAUGUUACUCAUUUUAAAUACAUAGGAAGGAUUAAGUAGCUGGUAUAUGUGGAUACCUGCAGUGUGUGUAUGUGCGUGUGUGCGUGUGUGUGUCUGUGUGUCUGUGUGUCUGUGUGUGUGUGUGUGUGUGUGUGUGUGUGUAUAUAAACUGACUUUCUUAGCACUGUAAUUGGCUGAACAGCCAUAGUUGAGCACCAGGUUGGACAGCAGAUGUGAUAUAUGUAAAAUAUAUUUUGAUCUGUGGAAGGACAUUAUACGUAUAUUCCAUACACUAACAUUUUUGGUUUCUGCAGUGAAACUCACUGUUCAUCAAAAAAGCAAGAGCCCAGUCACCACUUCACAUGCAUUAUUCAUGUUGUGAUGCUGUGAUUUAUUCCUUUGCUGAUGUUUUAUGCAUUUUAUCUCUCUAUUCUGAAACCACUAAGAGUUUUCUUUUUUUUUGUGAAAGAGACUCUAAUGUACUGUAAGUGUUAUUUUGAUGGGGCUUGCAUGUUUACAUCAUUUGAUUUAACAAUGCAAAAAUAACAGAAGCACACUAAAAAAUACUCCUGAAGUGUAAUGUGGAAGUUCCUCAAUAUGUCAGUGUUUCCUAUAUAUGAAGCAUGUAGAUAAACAUGGUUUUUCAAGAAGCAAAAACUACUUUUAUCUUUUAGGUCAUCAGUUCACUUUGUUGUGGCAGCACCUUACGUUCACCAGUGUACUUACUGUAAAGUUGUCUUGUUACUUUUUAACCAAAGUUUCAGCUUUUCUUUCAAUCUGUAUGUUAAUGUUUGAUGUUCCACUAAAGUAGCAACUAGCAGAGAUCAUGUUGAGGCUGUAUUGUCCUCACAACAUUGCACUUAACAUCAGUGUCAUUCAGAAUGUAUACGUUUAUUUCCAUGUGUGAAAACAAUGCACUGCUGACAAGACAAUCAGAGAUAUAUUCUACGAAGCAUUGGGCUACACUGUAUGAAGUAUUGCGUGAUGGAGGCUUUUCAUCAUUUUAAAUGCAGAAUAUUGUUAAAAUACAUUUGUUUUUAGCACUGACUAAGAGUUCGCUCUCUUAAGUUUUGCCAUUUCAGAGGCCAAACUCUGACCAAGCUGUUUCAUAACCAAUCUACAGCUCAUGUAUUAUGUUACCUCAGUGUUGAUGGAGUUUGGACCUUUUGUUUGUUUUUUGUUUUGUUUUAAAAAGAUAAAGUCUUACUCAGGUAAAUGCCACUCAACUUUGUACUGAUUGAUUAAUUAACCUUUAUUUUUAAAUAUUUUAACAUGACUUUAAUUUAAAGGGAUUUCCAUGCAAUGAGUUUUCUAAUACAGUGUUUUUGAUUACUUUUAUUUAUAUGAUGUAUGUUUAUUAUUUCAGUUAAAAUCAUUUUUUUAAACACUGAAUGGAUUAUUUUAUACAGUAUUGCAUUACAUGUUGACCUACUGUUGACUACUCGUGUAAUUGUGGAUACUUUAGUUUUUCUUUGUUUGAUGUAAGACAAUGUAUGUUAAUCGCUAGCACUGAUAUAUGCAUACAUAGAUGUAGUGAAGUACAACAUGGCUUAAUAAUGUCAAUUAAGCAUUAUUUGUAUAGUCUGUUAUAGGUCUGUAGAUUUAGACAGUAAAUUAUGUAGCAUGUGACUGUAUGUAACUUGACACUAUUAUCAUAUUGCAUUAUAUUGUGAUUUCUGAUUAAAAGCAAUAGCAUUUCCACUGUGACCUCAAGUCACUUUGACACAGGCCUUUGGCCCAAAUCUGAAGAAAUGCCUGACUGAUUUAAGCUCCUUUUUUUGAUAUGUGCCAACGGCACCUUCAGGCGCAUUUUAUUUCCUGAAACACUGUAACUUUUCAUUUCUUUGUUGUUGUUGGGACUCAUGAAUAGUCAUUCAGGCUGGUGCCAAAACAGCAUCAUAUAGUGCUGUAAAUGAAUAGUGUUGUGAGGGCAUUGGUUAGAAGGUUAGACAUUACAUUUCUGUAAGUCAGCAGUGUGUGUUUCUUUAGAUACCCAUCGUAAGCUAUUUUCCCACCUGGUAUAUGUUUUGUGUUCAUUUUUUGGUGUUCCCUGAAUUUAAAUCUCAAUAAACUCAAGGUUAAUCAAUUAAA